UUCACGGCGCUUCGCCUGCGAUUCAAAUCGAAUUUGGACUUUGCUGCGGACGUUUCCUCGGGAAAAGAAACGGACAACGGGAAAAUCGGGGAAGGAAAUCUGAAUUUCCACUUCGGAACUCGGCUUUUCGGCCUUUCGGCGCGCGCGUGUUUGUCUGUGUGUGUUUUAUUAUUAUUAUUGCUGCUGCUGUGCGUCGGUGUGUGUGUUAGUUUGGGGCGAGGGAGAAAUUGUUAAAAUACAACAACAACAACAAAAAACCGGUUUCGUAAUUCGUAAUACCCAAAAUCGAAAUCGAGCCUCGAAUUCGUUUCGCCUGCGCUUUUUUUAUUUUCUUUUCGGUUUCUCGGCUCCUGAUUUAUCGGUGCGAAAAUAAUAAUAACACAAACUGUAUAUUGCAGAAAAUAUACCAUUUUUUUUACUGUGCCCAUCCAAACCGAAUGCAGAAAAUUCCAACGAAUCAGUGAGUGAGCCAAUCAAGGAGAUAAAGUUGAGAAUUAAAAGCCAGUGCCAAAAAAGUGAGAGAGAAGUACGAGAAAUACGAGAAACAAAACAAAAGUUGCAAAUUUACCGAAAAAAAUUAAACCAGCGACUAAAAAGAAAAGCAAAGGAAAAAGGAAGAAAGCAUAACUUUGGUAACUUUGGCGCAUCUGUUGGAUGCACAGAGUCGUCCAGCUUUUUGGGCAGCAGGUGGAAAAACAAAGGUAGAACGCCGUAGUAAUUGAACGGCAACAUCAGCGGGCAGAAGAACAACAACUGGAGAGCGUAAAACAUAAACAGACAGUUUUCAUAACUCGCACGGUUUAAAGAACCUCAACUCGUUAAAGGAGCCCGCGCAAUAUUCGCUACAAGUUGGGAGUUUGGUAUAAAGGUUCAAAAGUUGGAGCAAAAAUCGUAACUGGAGAAUUUCUUUAAAAAUUUCGAUGAUGAUGAUGAUGCCCGACUCCUGUUGCUGCUAAAUACCGCGGAUAUCCCCAGCCGAAAGUUCUCAUCGAGAAAACUCCGCAAGAAACUCCGAUCGACCUUUGAUAUUCGCGAUAUUCGAUCUUUCAUAUUCGAUAUCCAACACUAUGUAUCCGGCCAGCGGCAGUGGAGGCAGUGCAGCGACGGCUGCCAAGUUCCAGAAUCGCUGCGGAUCGCCGCAAUUCGCGAGCGAUUAUCCGCACCCACAUCCGCACCAGCAUCCGCACCAGACGACCUCGGUGGCGGUGCACAGCGUGCCGCCGGGAGUGGGCAUGGCCUCCUCCUCGGGCCUGACCAGCGGUGGGUCCAUGUCCAUGCGCCACGGCCAGCGGGUGGUGGCCGCCGCCGCCUCAUCACAUCAGCAUCCCAGUCAGAUGACCCUCAACCACGGCAUGGGCAUGGGUCACAAUCAUGGCCUGGGAAUGGGUGGAGGUGGUGGUGGUGGUCACAAUCAUGGCCAUGCGGCCGCCACCUUGGGUCAUCCCCAUCCUCAUCCACACUCGCACUCGCAUUCGCACAACAACAGCGGGAGCAGCAACAGCAGCAGCCACAUGGGACACGUCGGCUCGCAUCUGAUCUUCCCCGACGACAUGGACAGCAUCGAGUUCUGCAUGCCGGCGGCGCCCUCCUCCUCGUCGGCCUCCUCGCAAAACGGGCUGGGCGGGAUCGGGGAUCAGUUGCUCAUGGGUGGAAGCAGUCACGGCGAGGCGUUCACGGAGCGCCGGAGAAGGGGUCACAGCCGGCGGAGCAACCACAAGAUGGAUGUGGAGCAGCAGGUCAAGUGGUCUCGCAAGAACAUUGCCGCCACCAUGGAACGCUUUGAGCCCACGCCCAACACCCAGUCGUCGUCGUCCACUUCGUCGCUGGAUUAUGGAUUCGCCGCUGGCGUAAUGACGCCCAGCAGCAGCAGUGCCACUCCCUCGCACGGCGGUGGCGCCUCCAAUCCCUCGCUGCAUGUGGCCUUCAAUGGCGGUGGCGGUGGCGGUGGCGCAAUGGGCGGCAGUGGCUCCGCCUCGGGAUCGGGAGCGAGUGGAGCCAGCGGCUCGGGAGCAGCUGCACCGUCGGCGCCCUUCAACCAUGUCUAUUCGUAUGCCUACUACGAACCGGGGGCAGCCAAGUGCCACACGAAUGUGCCAGCCGCCCAGGGAGGAUCCGUCUCGGGAUCGGGUACGAGUUCCGGAUCCGGAGUCCAACAGCAGCAACAGUCGGGUCACUCGAAGAGUCCGCCACGCAACUCGAUACGCGCCCUGCUGGCCAAGAGCUUCCGCUCGAAGAGCAGCAGCCAUCACCAUCACAGCGGUGGUGGUGGUGGUCAGUCCACCUCCAGUUCGCCGAGUGCCGAGGAGCGGGACCGCCACACCUACACCACCCGCUACGGGACCACCGAGAAUCUGUACGAGGAGGUGAGCGAGCAGAAGAUCCGCAAGGUCCUGUCGGACAAUCGCAUUGCGAGCGGCUCCAGUGCGGGCGUCAAUGUGAAGGAGGAGCAGCGCCGGGUGCAGCACAAUCACUUUCGGGUGCUCGACGAGCUGAAUCUAUCGCUGGAGGCACUGAUAAUGCCGCCCACACCGCCGGACGUGUCGCCCAGUCACGCCUUGGGCUCCGACGAGCCCUCUUCGAGCACCUCUGCGAGCUCCGUCGUUGGCGCAGUGGGCGGUCCGUCGAGCGUCGUGACCAUGGCGUCCAUAACGGGAGCCGCCGGAUCAUCGAAGACGGCCCAAAGACCCCGACGCGGUGGCCUUCUGGGCGGAGCGGCUGGCGGGGCCAUCGCCUCGAACUCGAGCUCCGCCUCGCACGCCAGCCUGGAGAACCUGUCGAGCACCCUGAACAGCAUGGAGCUGAAGGACCACGGCCACAGCAGCUGCAUCAAUCCGGAGUUCGACGAGGGCGACCUGGACUCGGGGUUCAGCGGCAGUGGCAGCAGCAGCGGAGCCAGCUACAACGAGAGUCUGCGGUACUACAAGUCCGCCACGCCCACCGGCCAGCUGCACCACCAUCACAGCCACCAUAGCCACCAGCUGCAGCAGCAGCAGCAACAGGCGCUGCACCACCACAGCCUGAACAACAACACCUUGCCGCACAACAUGCGCAGCUGCCGAUCCUCGACUGCCUCGGGCACCUCGACCUCAAAGAGCAGCAUGGCCAGUUGUGGCGAGGAUCAGGGCAUUGGCAUGACCUUGGCAGUGGGCGGCGGAGGAGGAGGAGGAGGAGGAGGAGCAGGUGGUGGUGGAGUAAUGAUGUCCAUGCAUGAGGCAGCAGGCGCUGUGGGCGGUGGAGGCGGCUCCCUGUCGCCCUUCAACUAUCCACGCCGUUGCUCGGCGGAUCAGCAGCGAGCCUCCGGCAGAUCCAUGGCCUCCGGCAUGGGCGUUGGUCCCGGCGUGGGCGUGGCCGUGGGCGGCGGCAGCGGGAUGAGCAUGAGCAGCAGCAGCAACGUGGCCCUGUCCACCGGAGCGAAACCCAAGAAGAACUUCUGGACCAUGAAACCGUGAUGCUACAAAAAGGCGCUGCGUCACAUUUGCAAGAAAUGGACUAUUGUUAUGGAAUACAAUACAAAGACUGCCUCAUGCCAUGCCAUCCAUUAUUACCACCAACCCAACAGCGGCAGCAGCUACAGCAGCUACAGUAGCCGCAGUCGUCAUCAUCAGC